UAACUGUUGGAUAAAUACCUACAAUGUUUUCAACGCGUUUUGGUGACGUGGCUGUUCAACUUUUAUGAUACCGACUCCCAUUUUGCCUAAGUGUGACGGAUUCCAAUGGCGAGAUAGCGAUAACUUGGAGGUAGACGGGCGAUUGGACGGCAGCCAUCACAGAACUGGUCCGGAACGAACACGAUCCUUUGCCCAAUCGAUUGGUUUCUCACAUUUCCAUUUUACUUGCCUUGGUUCUACUUUGUCUGACCCCUUGCAAACCAUUUUAACAACCAGCAAUCAACAACAACCAUGAAGCUUUUCGCCGGUAUUCUCUUGGCUCUUUCGUUCACGAAUGUGCAAGCCCAACUCCCAAGCAUUGGUGACUUGUUCGGCAAUUUAAACAUCCCUCAUGCCGGAGAAAUCUAUUCCUCCAAGGAAUGCAGUGAUGAGGUUCGCAGUGAUUCGGGUUGCAAUGUAGCUCCAUUCACUGGUGUCUUUGUGUGCCGUCAGUAUUUCUCCUUGUUUGGCCUCUACACCUCCGAGCACACUCUUUGCGCUCGCAAUGUCGCCCCUGGUGUGACUCUGGCCCUUUCGGGCGAUACUUGUGGCUGCUGCGACGGCGAAUGCAAGCAGCCAUGCCAAUGUUACUGUGGAGACCCCGAUGAAAGUGGGGCAUAUUCCUCCCAGUUGGUCAGGCCUGUCAUCUUUGGUGCAUCCAAUGGUCCCCCAGUCUGCGUCCCCAACGGUGUUGCCAACCACAUGACUAACUGGGGCGGACGCAUGAUCUGUGACGAGGAUUGCUCCAGUGGCGAGGGUGGCGGUGGCGCUACUGCAGCGCCAACUGUUUAAGCAAACGAACGAAGCAAUGAUCAGUUACACCAGAGAAUUGAUGGGUCUGCCUCCUGGAAGGAAAACGAGCAAAAGCUUUGAUGCGGUGCGUUGUGCCAACGAGAAACUUUUAAGCUUCGGCUGUUGUUUUGGCAGAAGGCGGACUGUGAUGCCCUGUGAUGAUACAAUGUCAUAUUUAUCUUUAAAAGUCAGCAAAUAAAUUUUAUUUAGUAAGGGACCUGUUGAAAG